AUGGACAGUAACGCCCGUCAUAAUACGCCACCUCAAGCAGGUACAGAUACUGGUGGCGAAACAUCAAGUCAAAACGAAAUUCCUACAGUUACUGUAGCAAUGCCAUUUAUGCAAGUCGACAUGCUUGGACAUUCUGGAGCAUCCACUGCUGCUGCACACUCUACAACGAUAAACCGAAUGUCUGAUGGGGAAGAGAUUCCACCUCCAAAACUAGAUUUCUCCGCACCACCACCUUAUGAAGUAGCUACAAAAUUACCCAGUUAUGAAGAGGUUCAGCGUGAAAAGACUCUACAGGGAGAGCCACAACCUCAAAUACACAUGCCAGGAAAUAUUAGACCACCACAACAGCCUUUAACAAUAUUGGCAAUAGAUACUGAAGCUGCGGAAGGAGAUCCAGAAAGUGGGCUACUUGGUACAGAUUUUAUGUUCUUCACAGCGUUUCUUGUCGCAUUUUUAUUCAACUGGAUCGGAUUUUUGUUACUGAUGUGUUUCUGUCACACUAUUGCUUCUCGUUACGGUGCACUAGCUGGCUUUGGAUUGUCUCUUACAAAGUGGACACUCAUUGUUAAACACUCUACCGACCUUGCUUCGCGAGAGAAUUCAUGGCUUUGGUGGUUGAUAAUGGCAUUUGGUGUUUUAAUUUGUGUACGUGCCAUCAUUCAAUAUUUAAACAUCAAACGAGGAUGGAGAUUACUGUCCGGAAGCGCACAGGAGCGUUUACUUUUUUUCUAUUAAAAAUCAUAAAAUCUGCACCUUUUUUUCUUUAUCAACUUGGCUUUAGAACAAACAAGCAUUUCUAUGUGGGGUCAUAUUUGUAUAAUAUAUAAUCGACUUUCUCUCUUAAGGGAGAGCAUCGUGUAGAUCGUAAUAUCUGUCAAUCGUAUCUAUAUAGAACAAAAAUGAGAACUUUAAAAUGAUUUGCCAAAUUUACUGUGUGAAACGGAUUAGUACGACUUAAAAAAACGACGAAAAGAAUUAGCUCGUUUUUUGCAUAUACUCAUAAAUGGAGGACCUACAAACGCUAUUUUAUGUGAUGUUACAUAUAGACUACGGGAAAAAGCAAAUGUACAUUUUUAUUGCUCAAAAUAAUAAUACGAACAAUGCUUUAAAUUAAUGAUUUUAUUCAUUUUAAGCGUUAUUCAUUUGAAUGCAAAUCACUGAAGAAGGUAAAUGUGCAGAGCGCAUGUCAAAUCGCAAUUUAUGAAAAACUAACAAGUCAAAAUGAAUCACGUAAAGAGAUAAAAUAUACGAUUCGUUAUUAUUUCGAAAAAAUAAAUGAUAAA